AUGUCAUUAAAGCUUUAUACUGGAGGUACUCCAAAUGGUUACAAGAUCCCAAUCUUCCUUGAAUUAUUGAAAUUGAAAUAUGAAACCAUUCCCGUUAACAUUGGACAAAAUACUCAAAAAGAAGAUUGGUAUUUGAAGAUGAACCCUAACGGGAAGAUUCCAACUUUUGUAGAUGAAACUACCGACACCACUGUUAGUGAAAGUGCCGCUAUUCUUACAUAUUUAGCUGAUAAAUAUGAUACUGAAAGAAAGUACAGUUAUGCUCCAGGCACUAAGGAAUACAUCAAAAUGUUAGAAGUUACCUACUUCCAAAUGGCAGGUCUCGGUCCAAUGCAAGGUCAAGCCAAUCAUUUUGUUAAGUUUGCCAAAGAAAAGAUUCCCUACGCUAUGGAAAGAUACUCUAAUGAAACCAAAAGAGUUUAUUCGGUUUUAGAUGAAUUUCUUAAACGUAAUAAGGAAGAAUACGAUUCUGAUUUCUUAGUUGGUCCUCAUCUCAGUAUUCCUGAUGUUUUGUGUAUCGGUUGGGUUCCUUUCCUUUCGUUCAUUGAAAUUGACAUCAAGGAAUUCCCUAACGUUUUCAAAUGGGCUACUAAGAUGUUAGAAAUCCCUGAAGUCAGAAAAGGUUUCACUAUUCCAAAUAAACCUUUCGCUUGGAAUGACGCUUUACCACCUCUUGAUGAAUAA